AUCAAAUAUAAAAAUUGAGCCUGACAAAGGGAGAGAUAGAGCAGAAGAACAAACAUAUCUGCAUCUUCAGCAAUGAAACAAGUCAAGCUACUAGGAGCUUGGCCUAGUCUCUUUAGUUACAGAGUCAUCUGGGCUCUGAAACUCAAGGAAGUGAGCUAUGAAUACAUUGAAGAGAAUCUCUCUAACAAAAGUGAGUCGCUUCUACAAUAUAACCCAGUUCACAAAAAGAUCCCUGUGUUAGUUCAUGGUGAGAAGCCUAUAGCUGAAUCCAAUGUCAUUCUUGAAUACAUAGAAGACACCUGGCCUCAGAAACCCUUGCUUCCUGCAGACCCUUACGAGAGAGCUAUGGCUAGAUUCUGGGCCAAGUUUGAACAAGACAAGAGCCCAACUUUCUUUGCUUUCUUUCAAACUGUGGGGAGACAACAAGAGAAGGCAACAAAAGAAGCGAAAGAACUUCUGGGAAUUAUAGAAGAGCAUGGUCUUGGGGAUAAGAAAUUUUUUGGUGGUGACAAAAUUGGAUUAGCUGAUAUAGUCUUUGGAUGGAUAGCUGGCUGGCUGGAAGCUAUGCAAGAAGCAGUUGGCGUUGACCUAUUGGAAGUUGACAGAUUCCCUCGUUUACAAGCUUGGAUCAAGAAUUUCAGGGAGGUUCCUGUCAUCAAAGAAAACCUUCCUGAUUAUGAUGAACUGCUGGCUUAUUUCAAACGUCUAAGAGAGUGGUUUAUCAUAUCAGCAACAUCACAUACAUUGUGAUUUCUUUCUUUUACCACAAAGUGGAGAGUUUUUGCACUGGAACACCCAUGUUUUAUCAUAUCUUCCGUUAAUGGUUUGAUUCAAUUUAAGUGAUCUUACAAAUCA